UAUUGGGGUCUCUGGUUAUUUUAUCUUUCCCAGAAGCCCUCGCGACUGCUCAAAUUUAGCAAACGGGUCUGCAAUUGGCUCCAUGCUUGAUGCUUCUCAAUUGACAGCUUGGGAAGAGAGGGAGCUCAACGGUAUAUUCUCUUCCUCUAAACUGCCUCGUUUCACACAGUAUCCAUCGCUCAUGCCAGCUUCAGCGGCCAAAAACCUAGCAUUUCUACUGCGCUGCGCCGCCAGACUAUCCAGCACUACCUUCCCUGCCACCGCCAAGGACAGCUUCUCAAGGCAUUGCUUCUCCUUUACCUCCACCUCAACCUCUUCCGCUAUCAACCGUUUCGUUCACUCUUCCAGCUCUACGUCUCGCUCCGCCGGCUCCCCUUCCGAGCCGCUUAGUGACAUCGUCGCCGAAAACUCGGGGACUUGUUCUUCUGAUGAUGGCAACAGUUGUGAUCACGAAGAUCCGACUACGGAGUUAGCAAGAGAACUAUCUUCCUUAUUGCGUGUUGGCAUAGAUUCAGACUUGGUUAAUUCACCCAAAUCACAAGUGACUAAUGAUGAUAAGUCUCUGGAAAAUGUUUUGGGUGUACCAUGGACUUCAAGCAUUUCACAUUGUAAUGUAUCAUUUGUUCAGAAGGAAGUUUCACAAGAAAGGCAGCAAAAAUCGACUUACAAGAGUAGUCAACAGACUCAUCUAGAAUGCUUAACUGACUUGUGUGCCAAGAAAAUGGGGACAGAAGAUUCAGACUUGGUUAAUUCACCUGAAUCACAAGCGACUAAUGGUGAUAAGUCACUGGAAAAUGUUUUGGGUGUGCCAUGGAUCUCAAGCAUUUCAUAUGAUAAUGUAUCAUUGUAUCGAAAGGAAGUUUCACGUGAAAGAAAACGUAAAUGGACUUAUAAAAGUAGUCGAAAGGCUCGGCUAGACUGCUUAACUGACUUGUGUGCCAAGCAAAUGGGUACAGAUGCUACAAUUCUGGUGCUUGGUAAACUGGGACGAGAAACUGGCCUGAAAGAGUAUAACGCAAUAAUACGUCUUUCUGUAGAAAAAGCAAGGAAAAUGGACACUGUAGAGGAGUCACUGGAGCAACUUUCCAAUGCUUAUGAAUAUCUUAAAGCAAUAAAGGAACGGGGUUUCCAAUUAGAAGAAGAGACUUACGGUCCAGUUCUUAUGUUUUUCAUUGAUUUCGCCAUGGUCACUGAGUUCCACUUUUUCUGUGAACUCAUUGGGGAUGGAAAUGCUGGUUCACUUCCAAAUUUAGCUUACUAUGAAAUGUUGUUCUGGAUAAAGACUGAUAAUCAAGAUAAAAUUGAGGAGCUCCUCUAUUCUCUUGCUCUUUAUGACGGUGAAGACAAAUAUGCUUUUCUAGAAAAUUAUUUGUUAGCUAUGUGUAAUGGCGGCUGCAAAAAGGGGUUUAUGCGGCUUUUAAACACUGUUGACAUAACAUCAGUUGCAUCCGUGAAACAUCUAUCUAACAUCUUCAAGUUGUUGGGAAAGUUAAUGUUGGAAACAUUUGCAGAGAAAUGCUUUCUGGAUUUGAAGACUACAGACAUUGGAGCAGAAAAUAUCUCAAGUUUCAUCUAUGAAUAUACAACAAGCAUGCCAAAUUUAAAGGUUGAAGAUGUUGUUCUUAAAUUCAAAAACUUGCAUUCUGAGUUGGAUGUGGCACUUACAUCUGAACAAUGUGAGAAGCUCAUCAGGUUCUCCUGUGAGUUACUAAAGGUGCACACAGCACUCAAUAUUGUGGAUCAGAUGAUUGAAGCAGGUUUGUCUUUAUCAACAGGGACAUUUAAUUUGAUACUAGAUGCCUGUGAAGAUAGCUGUGAGUAUAAUUUGGUUCGUCAGAUGUAUUUGAUCAUAAGUUCCCAUGAUCUGAAACCGAACAAUGAGACUUUCCAGAAGUUGAUACAUUUGAGUGUAAAAAUGAAAGAUUUUGAUGGAGCAUACAAAAUGAUCAAAGACUUGGGGAAAUUGAAUUUGUUGCCUACAGUUAACAUGUACAAUGCCAUAAUGGCUGGUUAUUUUCGUGAGAAAAACAUACGCAGUGGGCUGAUGGUUCUCAAACAAAUGGAACAUGCAAAUGUGAAACCAGACUCUCAAACUUUUAGCUACCUUAUAAACAAUUGCAAGAGUGAAGAGGAUAUAAUCAAGCUUUAUAAUGAGAUGAAUAAUUCUGGAGUUGAAGUCACAAAGCCCGUGUACAUGUCACUCAUAAAUGCAUAUGCAGCCUGUGGACAGUUUGAAAAGGCUAAGCAGGUAAUCUUGGAUGAAAGGAUACCAGUAAAGAGCUUAAAUGAAGUCAAAAGUGUGCUUGUUUCAGCUCUUGCCUCACACGGGCAAAUAUCUGAUGCCCUUGAUAUUUAUGAAGAAAUUAGACAAACUAAAUGCAAUCGGGCACCAAAAACAAUUAUAAGCCUUAUUGAGCAUCUGCAAUCUGAAGGAGAAUUGGAUAGAUUGCUUCAUCUGCUUGACGAGUUAGAUGAUCGAGAUUACCAGGUUGAUGCCACUUUUAGGGUCAUAUCGUAUUGCAUUCGGCAUAAACAGUUCAGACCUGUCAUUGGCUUGCUCAAGAAACUCAAGGAAAUGUACUGCAACGAUGAGGUGGCUAGAGAGGUUCUUUUUGAUGAGGUUUUCUGCCUUGUUGCGGAAAAAGAGCCAAUAAACUUGGAGAUUGGUUGGAAUCUGCUUCAAACUAUCAAGAAUGAGUUGGGUGUCCUCCCUUCCCGCAAGAGUCUUGAUUUCCUCCUCAGUGCUUGUAUAAGUGCCAAAUGUUUACCAUUUUGUUUCAAGAUUUGGGGAGAGUAUCGGAAAGCUGGACUUCCCUACAACACUUUAAAUUAUUUGAGGAUGUACCAAGUCCUCUUGGCAUCAGGGUUACGAAAACCUGCAGCAAGUAUACUAAGUAAAAUUCCAAGAGAAGAUCCACAUGUUUGCUAUGUCAUCGAUGCAUGCCAAAAAACUUACAGAAAAGGACAGAAUAGAAGGAAUAAAGCUUUUGUCGUAUGAACUUUCACCAUGGCCAAGUCCAUCUCCAUUAGCUUCAACACUCUGAACAGCUCAGUGACCAUUCUCUCUUCGACUUUUCCUUCCUCCUGCAACA